CUCGCGAGCUGCCUCUAAUCGCCAUAAAUUCACAGCUUGACCACCAAGCAGACGAACGAGGUUCGCGUCAGCCUUCGCAUUUGUCUCAACAAAGAGUGCUCCUAAGACGAUGAAAGUAAGAAGAAGGGAAAAGAGUCUCGAUGCGAGCGACGUCGCUGCCAUGGUCGCGUUCAGGCUCAAGGUUCACAACCAAAACGGGCACGCAGGGAAAUGGUCGAUCUGCUGAUGUAAUGCCAUCAAUGUAUGCUCGAAAUUAGGGAGGUGAUGUCAUCAUCGAUGAAGAACUUAUGAGUGCAUCUGGCGCGUUCAGCAUUGAUCAGCUGAUGGAACUAGCUGGGUUAGCAUGUGCGCAGACACUGGCUACAGUCUACAAGAAGGAGACGCAUCCUCGGGUUCUUGUAUGCUGUGGACCCGGUAAUCAAGGCGGAGAUGGUUUGGUUGCUGCAAGACAUCUAGGGAUGUUUGGUUACUUGCCUACCGUCUGGAUGCCUAAGCCUGGAAAUAAAGAUAUCUACAAGCGACUUCAAACACAAUGUGUCAAUAUGAAGAUACCAAUUAUCCCUCCAUCCAAUGAGACAGAACCACUGCGCAAGGCCCUUGCCGACGCCGAUGUCAUUCUCGACGCUAUCUUCGGAUUUUCCUUCACACCGCCUGUCAGAGCUCCUUUUGACUCUGCAUUGCCGCUUAUCACGGAGUCCAAGCUGCCAAUCGUUUCCGUUGACAUUCCUUCCGGUUGGGACGUUGAACGUGGCAACGCGGAAGGUGUCGGCCUCAAUCCCGACGUUCUUGUCAGCCUGACUGCUCCCAAAGAGGGUGCUAGAGAAUUCAAAGGUCAACAUUUCCUUGGUGGUCGAUUUGUUCCAAAGACACUAGAAGAGAAGUUCAAUCUAAACCUUCCACAAUACCCAGGCAUAGACCAGAUUGUGGAGUUACCAUCUACGGAAUUGGAGAAUACGCAAAAGCUUUGAAAUAUAAAUGAUUAGAUCAAGUUGAAUGUACACUAGCAUUAUAACUCUGCUCCCUUGUUUCAGGCUACGAUGCGACCUGUAUCUAGAUCACUUUCUGACGCAAUAAUUGGUUGGUUUCUUCUAUUUCUUCGCCGUU